AUGCCACCAGAUAAUAUUUACACAAGAAAACACUCUGACAAUAAACAAUCAGACACAAAACAAAACAGAAAAAGCAAAAAUCAAGAAACCAAAGACACACAUAUUCAUUCAAGAUCAUGCAUGUUUGACAGCACACAUGAUGACAACACAAGAGGUAGGAAGCAUCUCAGAAAACCAAGAUAUCAGUCCUCUUCUUCCUCCUCAUCUUCACGAUCCUCCUCUUCUUCUUCCUCCAGUAGUGACUCUGACUAUGACAGACGCCAUCACAGACACAGACAAAAAAGCCGCAGUCCAACAUCAAAAUUACACACAUUUAGUGGUGACGGAAAGAUCAGCUGGGACACAUUCAUCACACAAUUUGAAAAGGUAGCCGACAGACAUGAUUGGGGAAAAAAGAAACGUACUGACAAAUUGUUUACUAGUUUAGAGGGGGAAGCCUUAGAAUAUGUAUGUAAACUGGAUCUAGACAGCUACAAAAAGAUUAAAAAGGAAAUGAGUAGGAGGUUCAAUACUAAAGAAAACCCAAUCUCAGCUAGACGCAAGCUGCAGUACAUGAAACAACAUGAGGAGGAAUCACUUCAACAAUUUGCACAAAGAGUUCAUUUCAUUACCAUCGAUGGCUACAAAGAACGGGCAAAAGAGCAGUCAAUCAAAUAUCAACAGAAAACUUCCUUAGAGGAUGCAGGGAUAAAGAAGCUGCCAGGACAGUGA